AACUGACGAGUGUAGUGCUUGAACAUGGAUCUCCCUGACUGCCCCCCGGGGGCUGAGGGCUAUGAAGACACAGUCACUGAAGUGCCAAAAAAACCUGAGAUAGAGGAUCCCCCCUGUACUAAGGCGGAGCUAGAGUUCCAAGAGCACCUGAACAGUUUGAAGAUCCGGAUAAUCGAAGAUGGCAGCAUGCGGUGCAUGGUGGAGCGGCGCGCGCGGGACUUGGCGGGGAAGUGGAUCUACCUGUGCUACCCCUGCGCCGCCAUGUGCAGCGGGGAGACCGUACUGCAGGGUCAUUUAUCGGGGAAAAAGCACAAGGCUAAGCUGUCAUUGCGCAAUGAAUGGCCAGUGGCGAUUUAUAAUGAUCACCCAUUUCAUCAAUUGACCACCGUCAAGGCCGGUGUGAAGCGACCCGUGGAGGAAAAUGAAAUGUUCGCUAAGUACACCAAUGUGAUUUGCCACAUACAAGAAUCUCUUGAUACCGUCAAGGCGCCGCUGAUCGGCGUGGAGUACCUGAUCGAGCACCCGCCGGAGCAGGACCACUACGAGCCCACCUACAUGUGCACGCUCUGCGUCAAGCAGGGCCACCCACGCACCAUCAUCAACCAUAUGACGUGCUUCUGGCAUCGCUACAACUAUCUGCUACGGCACUUCCCGUCAGCAUGCGCUUUGCUGACUCCGUUCCGCGCUCAGGCGAAGUACCGCGAGGGAGUCGGCGUCAUUAUGAACCGGCUCGCGCAACGCAUAGAAGACAAAUAUGGACGCAAGCGACCCAUUAACAUUGAGAAGGAGGAAUAUGAGAAGAACAAAGACCUCAUCCACCAGUGGAUUUUCAGAGGCCAUCACUUCUCUGAAAAAGAUGGUUCGACAUUCGAAGAGGUCGUUGACAUCGGACUUAUUGACUCCUUGCACAAGGCCGACGAUGAAGUCAAAUACAACAAUGUGGUGAAAAGCGCUGAUGAGAGAAAGAGGCGCGAUAGAGAAAAGGAGCUGUCACCACCGACCGUGGCCGCGCCAGCGAAGCCGCUAUUCAAUAGUUUCUCGGUAAGACAGCGGCCGGCGGGGCGGCAGGAGCGGCGCGCGGAGUCCGUGGAGUCGCUGUCCGACAUCAGCGACGAGGGGCCUGCCGAGCGGCGCGAGCCCGCCAGGCACGCGCAUAGCAAAGACAGGCACCACGAGCCCUAUCCAAAGCGCUAUGAGCCGUACCCGGACAAGCGACGUCUUGCCUCGCCUCCACACAACCGACAUUCACUACGCAAGUCACAAGAAAAGCAAAGAGCCCCCAACUACGAAUAUAAACUUAAACUCGCCGAGGAGAAACGCUUGACCGCGGAAGACAGCGCCAAGAAAACCUUAGCCUACCAUGAAAAGAAUCCAGAAAAGCAUCCCUUGUACCCCGAAGAGUGGAAGAAAUUUUGGAACAGACGUUACAAAGAGAUACAGGCCGAGGGUAAGGAUCCGUCAAAGCACGACUUCAAGCCAGAAUGGAUAGUAUUCUGGACCGCGCGCAUGAAAGACCUGCACGAGGAAGAGUUACGCGUGCAGGUGAACGAGAUCUACCGCAAGAUGUGCCUGUCUCCGCCCGACAUGAGCAAGCGGCCGCUGGAGCGCGCGGGCGACCGCCGCCGCUCCGCCGACCGCCGCCGCCCCGACAGGCACGCCCGCCCGCGCGCGUCCGACUCCGACUACAAGCGGGACCGCCGGAGAUCUCCUCCUCACCACGUGCGACGCUCGCCUGGCCGCUCAGACCGGCGCCGCUCGCCGGCUCGCCACAAGCGCUCACGGUCUAGGAGUCCGAUCCGCAGACGCAGCCCGGCUCGCACGCACAUCGCGCUGGAGUCGCUCCGGCGCAGCAGCCGCAGCCCGCUGUCCAAGCGCGAGGGCCAGCCGCGCAACCGCAGCCCCGAGCACUCGCGCAGCCUGGCGCCCUCCAUGCAGACCGUGCUCAUCUCUGAUGACGAACUCAAACCCGAUGACGGGCUAUCUCCUUGGAAUUCUGACAACGACAUCGAGUCUGUGCUGUCGGGCCCGAGCGCGGCGUCGCAGAGCGGUCGGUCCGCGCCCCCGCGCCGCGCGCCGCCGCCGCCCUCGCCCGGCGCCUCUCCCGACGACGUGGUGGCCACGCUGCGCCUGCUCGUGGCGCUCGAGGACUACCUGGGCAGCCUGGGCCCGCGCGUCGUGGACUUGCUCGCCGACGCCCUCAAGAUGGAGAAGGAGCGCGCGAACUCGUCGGAGGAGCUGCUGGAGCGCGAGGCGGCGCUGGUGCUGCUGGAGACGGCGAAGGAGAAGCUGAAGGGCGCGGCGCAGGCGGGGCUGGUGGCGCCCGGCGCGGCCGCCGCCGUGCGCGCCGCCGUCGUGCGGGUCGCCGCCACGCUGCACGAGGCCGACAAGCGCCUCUCGCGCAGGAAGCAGGAGAGUUCCGCCACCGCAGCAAAACCAGCGGCAGUCCCAGUGGCCGGAGUAGGAGAGGUGGACCGCGCGCAGAUAGCACAACAAAUGGCAGCUGCGCUCAUAGCUCAGGGCAAGACCGACGUGUCCUCAGAAGAGUUAGCCCAACUUGUCGACGCUGUAGUCGGUAUGGCCGAGGCUAAGAAACGAGAGACCGAGAAGAAGAAGGAUCAGCAAACGCCCGCCGCGCCGGCAGCACCUGUGGCCACCAAGCUCAGCGGGACGGCGUCUGCGCUGCAGAUGCUGCAGUCUGCCUAUGAUGAGAACGAUAAAAAAACGGAAAAAGAUGACGUCCCAGACGCGAUGGACGGCCUCUCGGACUCGGACCUCGAGACUUUACUGAAGAACUUCAACGAGUUGUCAGCGGAGGAGCAGCACAGCCUCAUCGCUUACCUGAAGAAGCUGGAGGCGAAGGAACCGCAGCGCGUGGAGCGGCUGCGCCAGUACGUGAGCGACGCGGCCGCCACCGCGCCCCCCGCCGCGCCCCCCGCGCCCAGCGCGCCCCCCGCCGCCCCCGCGCCCGCGCCCGCCGCGCCGCUCGUGCUCGACAGCGACGACGACGACUACACUGUAGAGGAGGUAUUCCAAUCAGCUACUCAGAAAGUCAAAGAAGAUCAAAUACGUCAGGAAAUGGAAAUAGUUAAAAAAUCUCUAGAGGAAGUGAAACCGCCGGAUAACCACCCGACUACGCUGGAGAGUUCUCUCGCAGAUAUUACCAAGAACUUAUCCUCGGCUACGGACCUAUUCGCUUUGGUUCAAGCUAGCUUAAAAUCUACCCCAACCGCGUCACACGCGCCCCUGACACAGUCACCUGGUGUCGUGGUCAGCACCAUACAGCCGAGAUCAUUCGGAGAUCUGUCAGAAGCGCCCGCAGCCAUGCAACAACCCAUGAUGUCACUCUUACAAAACGCACCCAUGCAGGCUGCGCCAAUACAAACUGUGCCAGUAUUACCCUCACCACCACAGAAUAUACCAAUGACGCCCGCUUCGCUCAUCGCACAGAAUCUGCCAGUAGGGCCGACACUGCUGAUGACACCGAAUCAAACACAGUUACCACAAAAUCCAAACUCAUUCCAUAACCAACAAGGAGCUUUGUUACGACCACCCAUACGUCACCAAGCGGUGCCGCAGCAACAACUUUACCAACAACAACACUUCCAGCCGCAGGGACAGCUGCAACAUCAACAUCAGCAACAGCAACAACAGCACCAGCAUCAACAACAGCAUCCCCAACAACAACACCAGCAGCACCAGCAACAACAACAUCAACACCAACAGCACCAGCAACAACAACACCAGCAGCACCAGCAACAACAGCACCAGCAACAACAACACCAACAGCACCAGCAACAACAUCAACAGCAACAACAAUACAAGCCAGCACAAAAUCAACAGCAAUAUCAUAAUCAGCAACAACAAGACCAUUACCAACAUAAUAAUUUUAAUGAUAACAGGAACAAGCCCAAUGAUCAUCAUCAACCAUGGAACCAACGAAACAACAAUAUGUCAGACAACCGAGGGCCUUCUAUCAGGGGAACUGGUCCUAAUAUCCCCCCCUUUAACCAGGGUCCAAGAAACAACUUCAUGAACGGAAGAGAACAAGAUAACUAUGACACGCGACCUCAGAUUAUGAACAACCAGUUUGGUGGUUUUGAUAACCAGCAUAACAACUUUAGAGGUCGAGGUCGCGGCCACCCAGGAGGCAUGCGGGGCCGCGGCCGAGGGUACUACUGACCCUUAGACCUUAUUCAACUAAUAUUUUAUCAAGAUUUAAUCCAUUGCGUUCGCAUGUAGCUGUAAUUUUAUUUUUAGCAUUUGUAAAAAGUAAACCUCACAUGUAUUUGUAUACAGUACAGGACUUUAUUACGGUCUUAAUAAAAUAAUUAUCUUUAAAA